GCACGUGUCUGUCAAACUUUGAAUGAAGGGAAAAUGUCAUUCAAAAAUUGAAAAAUUGAAUUAACAAAAUGAAAAAUUACUAUUUUGAUAGAUAGUAAUGAGCCAAAAUACUAUUCUGGUCUUUAUACCAGAUAGUCUGGACACUAGAUUAUCUGGUUAUUUAACGGGAAGCAAGAGAAUAGUAAAAAAUUCUGAAGUUUUCUAUAUAACUAGUGAUAAGGCCUCAAACAAGGCUUAUGACCCUUUAGGGUACAUAGGACUCUUACAAGAAUGUGAUAACUUAAAUAAAGACGUUAGUUUAUUGAUAAAUAGUACAAAUAAAGAAAUAUUCCUAAUGUGCGAAGAGAAACAUCCAGUGACUCAAAUAGUUUAUGAUUUUAAAAGGUUUAAGAACUCUGAUAUUCUCUAUCACAGUGCAGAAAACUAUGGAGAGCAUUUUAAGAAUCUGAGUAUAGAAUUGAGGAAACAUGCUCGUUCAGUAUCAGAAAAUGGAAGACAUUUUUUAAUAAACAUUUUAUCCAAAGUUAUCGUAGUACUGAAUGUAUGCCUUAACUUUCUCUCUAGACUGAAUUUGAUAGUACAAAAGUCUUCAACUUUUACACAUUUCGAAGAGAGCUUGAAGACUAUGAAAUGGUUUCUGAAGACAGCUGCAGACCAAAAAACAGUAACUCCAAAAAUGGGGAACGUUCUUAUUGCCAAACCAAUAGAUAUUUUCAUAGGAGUUUUUCUUAUGAGUUAUGUCAUGCAGUAUGAGGAUCAGAUAUUUUUGUUUGUCUACAAUACAUUUGAGGGUAUUAUUUCUAGCCUUAAAGGCCUCUUACUGUAUCUUAUGGGAUCCCCCAUAGGCCUCAAACUCAACUACGGCUUUAACAACUUCUUAGGCCAGUUCUUCUUGUACCACAUUUCUUUGUGGAGGAUAUUUUUACAAGGAGCUCACCCCAUCUUUGUUAGUAACUUUAAAUACUUCAUGUUACCAGGAGCUUUGGGGUUUUCGUACCAGAUAGCUAUGGUUUCUGACCUUAUAGCCAUUGCUACUUUUCAUAGCUACUGCAUAUACGUUAAUGCUGCUAGGAUCUUUAAUUUACAAUUAAAAUGUCUAUCAUCGUUAUGGAGGGUGGUUAUUGGAAGGAAGUUCAAUCCUUUGCGGAAUAGGGUGGAUUCAUGUCAAUAUUCCCACAAUCAGUUGUUUAUCGGAACAUUAUCUUUUACAAUUUUAUUGUUUUUGCUGCCCACUACUGCUAUGUACUAUGUAGUAUUUUCCAUAUUCCGCCUGGUUACACUAUUUAUAGAUCGAUUAUUGUUGGGAAUCAGAACUGCACUUUAUAAUAUACCUGUAUAUUCCAUAUUUUUAUGGAUAUUAAAUACUUCAUCUGUCGCAGGCAACAUCCAUAUUACCUGGAAAAGUUAUGACGAAGAAGGAAAUGUAACGAUAGAAGCAAAAUUAGAAAAACUACCGUUUAUAACGAGCAUUGUAAAAUUUGCACCUGAUUCUGUUAGUACUACGACAAACCAAAGAACUCUGAGAGACAUCUUUCACAGUACUAUUACUGGAACAGUAUUAUAGUAACAAAUAUAGAAUCGGAGAUAUUUGUUACAUUAUGUAAUUAUAAUGAAACUUAUAAAGAAGCUGCAGCUUUUGGUAGAUAGGAGACAAGACAGGAAAUAAAAAGAACUGAAAUUUUGUAAAAAAUUUACACUAAUAAAAAUAUACUAAAGGCCAAA